GAUUAGGAAUCAAGCACGCAUGCAUUUUACAAAACUACAAAGUCAUGCAAGAGGUCUUCACCAAACUCAAAAUCACCAAGCCAUUGGAAGUCAACAGGCUUGUCAAAGGCAGACCACUAGACAACUUGGAGUUUCUACAAUGGCUGAAACGUUUCUGCGAUUCCAUUAAUGGUGGCAUUAUGAACGAGAAUUACAAUCCAGUAGAACGAAGAUCGAGAAGUGGCAAAGAGAAAAGCGUAAAGGGGUCUAGUGAGGUCUCAAAGUCAUUGCAAACAAACAAUACGCAUCAUACUCCUACAGUCACUGCUUCCAGCAAACCAACUGGUCCAAAGCAAGCAAGAUCACAUGCAAUUGGAGGUGGGAGCAACUCGUCGGCCAAAGUGCAAGCUCUGUCAAAGGAGCUUGAAGAUCUCAAGGUCUCGGUAGAUGUCUUGGAAAAGAAAAGAGAUUUUUACUUCUCUAAGCUCAGGGAUAUAGAGAUACUCUGUCAGACUCCUGAACUUGAUGAUCUUCCGAUUGUUGUAGCAGUUAAGAAGAUAUUAUAUGCAACAGAUGCAAAUGAAUCUGCUCUCCAAGAAGCUCAAGAGUGCCUAAUCGAGUCUCUAGGCAUUGAGGUUGAGGAAGAAGAAGGAAACGAAGAAGAAGACGAAGCAGGGACUCAGACUUAAAAGUUGUGAUUUCUAACAACAACAAAAAAAACAAGUUUCAAAGUAGAGGACAAUGACUAUACAUUGCCUUGUCUUAGAAGAUAGUGUUUGCACAAUACUCAAGUUUACCCUAACCGGUUAUUCGGUUUUAAAUGAAACAUCCCAAACUAUGUUCCUUUCUUAACUUAAAAGAUGGUCCAAUUUGGUUUUUCUUUGUAUCACAGUGUUUUGUGUCCAUCUAAAUAUAUGGGAAAAAAUAAUAAUUUAUUAGCA